AUGCCUCGUUGGUGGCUUGUUAUACCUUGUUUAUUGUUAAUGACAUUGACUUCCGCACCUGAUGCUUUACUUAUAAAUGAUUUUAUCGUGCGUCGCUACGAACGCCAUUAUGGAUUUGAAUCUUCAGCGAGAGGUCAACGAACUGCAUGUCGUCUUCAAUCGUCGACUUCGACGCCCGGCUAUUGGUACCUUGAGCAGUAUUCACUUGACGGGGCUGCUUAUGACAUUGUGCAGAAAGAUGCCGCGAAAUUUAAUGUUAAAAACUCAUUUGCUACACUCAUUCCCUCAUUAUUCGCCAUUAUUCUACUAGGUUCGAACUGUGAUACCAUCGGUCGACGUCCAUUACUUCUCUUACCAUUUAUUGGUAAAGUGGCUCGAUAUAUUUUCAUGUUAAUUAUCAUUGCUCGUGAUCUGUCUGAUGGAUGGUUACUAGUUGGUCAUGCGUGUGAAGCUUUGUUCGGUUCGGUUGGUAUUGUCAUGUUAAGUGCUUUAGCUUUCAUCACUGACUGUACACGAGAAUCAGAAAGGACUCGACCAUUUGUAAUAGCCGAAGUGAUCGCUCUACUGGCACGUGUCGUUCCAGUCCUAGCAGUUGGUUUAUGGUUGCAACGUUUUCUUUAUACUGUUCCGACAAGUGUCUGCCUUGGGUUAAGUGUUAUUGGAAUGCUCUACGUGCUGUUCAUACAACCUGAAUCCGUGCAAAGUGUGUGA